CUUCGUCACCGUCAGUUGACCUCACCUUUAUUGACGUGACGCGAUGAGCUCUGCCGCCGCCAAGGAACUGCAAGCCGAAUACCAAGCGAGCCGCCUGGCGACCAAGGAAUGGAUCCAAAGCGCUAAGAAGGCCAUCGCUGUGCGCAAUGCCGCUGGCCCCCCCACCGGCCCUGCCCAGUUCUUCCAGCGUUUUGCUUACAACUACGGCACCCGUCACGUCCACACCAACUCGGUGGCCCCCCUUGUUCACAUCCUGCUUAUUGUCGGCAUGACUGGAAUCACCUCUACCUAUUUGGGUCGUCACCGUAACAAGCACGCCGCCCAAGCCGCCAAGAAGGGUGACCACCACGACGCCCACCACCACUAAGUAGUUGCCGGACGCGUGAUGAACACGCAGGUGUUGCUGGUUGUUCUGACCUUUGGUAGCAUAGCAAUGUCUGAUGUAGAGGAGUUCGAAUCGGCGUCGUAAUUGAUGAUACGCCAAUACAUGCCGAUACGUUUCCACAUCCCAUACAA